AUGUCCCCCUCUCCCUCCCCAAAGACCUCUGCCUUGGGCAAGUCUUCGCCUUCGCCUGAGGCAACUCCUCGUCAAGAGCCGCGCGUAUACCACCGCGGCCCCCCCUCCGGCUUUGGGGAUCGCCUUGCGUCUGCGCGAGGCCUACCUCCAAGCGCAGCCCCUCCUCCUCCCCCUCCUCGCACCACCGUGCCUGCCGACGGUGCCGGCUUCUCCGUCCUCCCCUCUGGCUUCUCUCCUCCUGGCGGCGACAUGGCGUCCAGGUACGCGCCCAGGAUUGGCCUCGUGAAGGGGUCGUACAUCAGCCCCUUCGACAGCGGCGGCAAGACCCCGGGCAACCCGCGCCUGCAAGCCAGCUCCACCACCAUUGCGGAGUUCGAGGGGUCGCGUGCUGUCACCGAGGACGAUGCGCAGUCUGAGGGAAGUGUCAACUCCAAUGGCACUAUUCUUCACCAUCCUGCUGCCAGCUCCGCCCUCUCCUUCGGCCAGAUGUCUCCCGCAGCCGUUCGCAAAAAGAACAAGGAUCGCGCUGCUUUUGUUGCCGAGAAGAUUCCUGCGACACUACCAAAGGGCUCGUCUCCUCGUCAGCUCUUCCUCGGACCGCUCCAACUGAUUCGCAAAGCCUGUGCCGACAACGCUGGCUCAUCUGAGGCUCUGAAGCUUCUAGGCGAGUGGCUGCAGGAGAAGAUGCCGCGGGCAUUCGAGACCGUCCUGGACCGCGACGAGGUCAUCCCUGAGGUCAUCAUCAGCGUGUCGAUCCCGAUGACGCAAGAGCACUGGGAGAACUACAACCAGGUCCUUCCUCACUUCAAGGACGCCCUCGAUAUGCACAACGCCCUCACUUGCGGCAGUGACGAGUUCGACCAGGUAACCAAGGCGCACGUCGAGAUUGCAGGCAUCGACACGUACAAGCGCAAGGAGCCUCAGCUUACACGACCUUUGCUGAUGGACCCCAACCUCAGCCUUGAAGAGGUUCUUGCUGGCAUGGUGAAGCGCGAGCAGCUUGGUCGCCCUUGGGACUGGGGUCGCUCUACCUUGCGCCCAGAGCUUCUUCCUGAGGAGCUUGGAGGAGAGCUGAAAGGCUAUCCUGAAGUCGUCUAG